CCUAGUCUCAGAAUUUCCCAGAAGCUCGAAAAUGGAUGUCACUAAAGACUUGUUUGCUCAUCUGGGUUCUAUUCUAGCUGGUUUACUGUUUGUUUGGGCAAUAUUUCAGGAAUAUUUUCCUUAUGAACUUACAAGUUUCUUUCUGAAAUACUCGAAAAGUUUGGUCACUUUCAUCUACCCUUAUAUUCAAAUCACAUUUCAUGAGUUUACAAGUGAGGGUUUCAAGCGUAACGAAGCUUACUCAGCUAUUGAGAAUUAUCUGAGCUACGAGUCUUCUACCCAAGCUAAGAAACUCAAAGCUGAUAUUGUCAAGCACAGUAACCAGUCACUUAUGUUGAGCAUGGAUGAUAAUGAAGAGGUUUCUCAUGAGUUCCAGGGAGUCAAACUGUGGUGGACUUCAGGGAAAAACAUUACAAAGUCUGAGGUUUUUUCUCUGUAUUCUGUGCCGGAUGAAGAGAGAUUCUACAAGCUUACUUUCCAUAAGCGAUACAGGGACCUCAUCUUGGGGCCUUAUCUUGUUAAUGUCAUGAAAGAAGGGAACGAUAUCAAGGUCAGAAACCGAAUGCGAAAGCUUUACACAAACAAUGGUUCAAGGUGGAGCCACGUGACAUUUGAUCACCCUGCAACAUUCCAGACACUUGCCAUGGAGCCUGAGAAGAAACAAGAGAUCAUUGAAGACUUGAUUACAUUCAGCAAGGCUGGGGGCUUCUAUGCGAGAACUGGCAGAGCCUGGAAAAGGGGGUACCUUUUGUAUGGCCCCCCAGGGACUGGUAAGUCUACCAUGAUUGCUGUCAUGGCCAAUCUUUUAGGCUAUGAUUUGUAUGAUCUUGAGCUCACUGCUGUCAAAGACAAUACUGAACUGAGAAAGCUGUUGAUUGAAACAUCUAGAAAAUCGGUUAUCGUCAUUGAAGACAUCGAUUGUUCGCUUGAUCUCACAGGCCAAAGGAGGAAGAAAAAGGAGAAACAAGAAGAGGGAAAUAACAUUGAGAGGGAUCCGAGACAGAAACUUGAGAAAGAAGAAAAUGAGACAAGAAGCAGCCAGGUUACUCUUUCAGGAUUAUUGAAUUUUAUUGACGGAAUUUGGUCAGCUUGUGAGGGUGAAAGAUUAAUAGUAUUCACAACAAAUCACAUAGAGAAGCUCGAUCCAGCUCUAAUUCGGAAAGGAAGAAUGGAUAAGCAUAUAGAGCUGUCAUAUUGUAACUUUGAGGCAUUCAAAGUUCUAGCCAAGAACUAUCUCAAUGUUGAUUCACAUGAUUUGUUCACAACAGUCAGUGAAUUGCUGCAAGAAACAAAACUGACCCCGGCUGAUGUUGCAGAGCAUUUGAUGCCAAAAAAAUUUCCACCUGACGUGGAUUUUAGCCUGAGAAGCUUAAUCCAGGCCCUGGAAGUGGAAAGAGAAGAAGCAAAGUUGAAAGCUGAGAAAGAAGCACAAGAGAAAGAGCUAACAGGGGAACAAGGCUUUGUCACUUUAGAGUGAAAUUGUUGUAAAAGUUUAUGUGACUUCGUUUGAAUAAUGUAAUUGAUGAUUAGAUUAGUUUGUGUACAUAUGUGGUACUCCUAAGCAAAUCCCAUAUUGGCAAAGCACCGGUGAGAUACUGGGUUUGUCUGUACUUUGUCUGUAUUCCACAUAUGUUAAAAACAAGAGGAUUUGACUGGUUAAAUAGCUUGUGAGCUCCUUAAACUAUCAAUAUGUAUUUUGCGUUGCAAACCCAAAAACAAAAUCAUGAUAAACUAUGUCCAAAAUCUUGACAAUGGGUUAUCAAGGAUGUUACAACAUGAAUGAAGAAUUACAAUGAUUUUGAACCCCAA